GCUUGUAAUCAGUCGUCUUCAUUGUAGUUACGUGGGCAGCGUUAGUCGGCAGUCAGACCAGGUAGAUAACAGACCCUUACAUACAACAGGCGGUAUGCUGGACUGUGUUCACCGCGGAAGUAUUCAAUCUAUGAAAAGAAUCCUGGUAGACUUCGCAGUGGCAUUUUAAUCUCUGUGCAGCGUCAUAGAAAGUGAUUACCAGCCAGCCCGCCUAACUUUAGUUGCCCCGUCCUGGGUGUAUAUAUAUAGACCGGGCCUGCGCUAUGGCACUCUUUAGAUCAGAACUGCAUGUGCCAGUGAAGAGGGACGACAUGACGUUCCAAGACAGGCAAGUCAAAUCUUGGGAAGAUAUGGAAGUCAGAAUGGAAAAGCGUAGGAAGGAAUGGGAUAGUGAGUUUGAGAGCAUGAAGAAUGAAUUCUUCAAGCUGAAACCUACAGAGAAAAGCGGCUGCAAUACUGUAGAUACGCUAGAUAACCUGAAGACUAUUUUUGUAAACGACUUACACGGUGGUCAAAAAUUCAAAGUACGCUUUGACGUCAGCGAAUUCAGACCAGAGGAAAUACAGGUCCGUGUGCAAGAUAAUAAAAUAGCUGUUUCGGCAAAGCACGAGGAGAAAUCUACAUCAACCUCAGUGAGUAAGGAGUACAGUCGGCAAGUUGAUAUACCGAGUAACGUGGACCAAGAAAAACUCCAGUGUAUCCUCAGUAAGGACGGAAUUCUCUCCAUUGAAGGUCCAGUUCGUGGUCAGAUUUUAGGAAAGGAAACCGUUUUGCCUAUUCAGCACGCGGUAUCCAGUGUAAGUCCUACAACAAACGGAACAAACGGGAUGUCUUGUACUCCAACGCCUAACAACCAGAUCGCCAUAGCCAGGCCGCUAGAGGUCAGCACUAAUACGGUAAAGAAUCCUAUAAUAACAGAACCGGACGGAACACGUAAACUGCGGUUAAGUGUUGACGUGGGGGAAUUUAAACCGGAGGAAAUAGUAGUAAAAACCGAUAAAAAGAAGUUAAUUGUACACGCAGAACACGAGGAAAAAUUAACUGGUAGAACAAUGCAUAAAGAAUUUAACAAGGAGUACGAAUUACCGGACAGUGUUGAUCAGACUGCCAUUUCGGCCUACAUCGGAGAGGAGGGUAAACUUUAUAUAGAAGCACCCUUGAAACCCGUACAACAAAAACGGUAUUCAAUCACACAAAGUCACGACGUCCGCAAAGUAGUGGUCACUAAGGAGUCUCAGGUAACCGUCACGGAUAACCAAAAUCGGCCACUGGUCACCAUCAACGUCCAUCGUCGUUAGACGUUUCCGGUCGGUUUCCUAUUGAAGAGAGUAUAUGUGUUAACAAUGUAUCGCUAUUGGGGCCAUCUUGUGUCUUUUAUGAACCGGAGGGAGGACGCUGAUUUCGGGUGAUUUGUAAUUUAAUUUGAUACACAGAACAGGAUGAAAUGUCACCAACGAAGGGAGAUAACAUUAAGUACUAAACAUUUUGAUCGUUGAUAAUUCCUGUGAUACACUGUAAACUGCGACGGUGAGUGGAUAUAAAAUACUCGAUUUUUAAUUGAAGUCGAUUUUCGGUUAUUAACUUUAUCUCUUUAAAUCUCCUGAUUUAAAUUUGGAUUUUACGAUAACAAGAGUGAAUAUAUUCAAUAGCAAAUUGGAGUUGAUUUCAUCUUUUUCAUGAACAUGUUGAAGAGGAGCAAGGUAAUACUUUUACAGUGUAACUAGCUGGAGUAUGUCCUUGUUAUAGAGGCAGAAAGGGCUUUCAACUUAACUUUUAUGCAUGCACGUUUAUAAAACAAACAAAAAGACAAUUCCAUAAGAAUAAUUUAUUAAGUUGCCAUAAAAGCUAUCGUGUUCUGUAAUCACUAUAUAUUGAAAAUAUUCAUGUAGUUCAAAGUUUGUAAUAUGUUUGUAGCAGUUCCAUCUCAGUACGUGAGUGAGCGCAGGUGUUACAAAAGCGCAUUUCAUUUCACACUCGGACAUAAACAUGGAAACACACGGACAUAGUACCAAGUCAUAUGUGAAAGGGACAUGGUGUGGAUUAACAUAUACAAAAUUGUUCACAACUAAAUCAAUUGAUAGACAAUAUAUAACACAGAUUUCAUGUCUAGAAAAUAUGUUUGAGUAAUUUUGCUCAUAUUCCGACUCUCGAAUAGCCAGACACCCACGCCAUAUCUGUUUCCCGGGUUACUAGAGAUGUAUCUGAUUCUGGUUUUCGUUAAUACGCAGAUAGGUUUUUCUUAUCUAAAUCGAACAGGAUGCAAACUACGUCCCUCGACUCAGAACUCUUAACAUGAUAUUUGCUAUCUGUAUAUCAGGGCUGGCUUAUUAGUCAUUCUACAUUUCAAAGCAUCAACGAAUAUUUAUGUCACUUUUUGUUUUAACGUGUCACAACUUUGGCAGGAUACUGUUCUGUGAAGUUCAUAAAAAAUAGAAAGUUAUAAAAACAUGUAAAACUAUAUCAGGUUAAUUUUAUACAUAAAGUAAGAAUACAUAUAAUAUUAUAUGUAUAAUAUUAUAAUAUAUAAUACAACAGUAACUUUUAAAAGUUUCUCGUGAAUCUAUGACGUAAAAUAAGUUUGAGAUAAGUAAGGUUAAACGAGACACGUCACGGUUAUCUCUAUCAUAUGCUUGGUUUCCUCUUGAGGGAAGCUUGAAAUGCCAAAGCCUACAUAAUAUCUGUUUAUACAAUUUAACACGAAGCAGACAGCGUCUGAGAUGCCUCUGUAAAAGUUAAUAUAUAACACCUGGUAACGCUGAUGUUUAUGUUCUCUGAUCCAAGAGAUUUAUCUAAUAAUCCCCUCAGUCUUUGAGGGCCUCGUAUUUGUACCAAAUAAUUUCAAUUUGUGUCAAAUAUGAAUCAGUAGUAUCACAGUAUAACCCGCUCUAGUUUGUAGUUUUGUAGCACCACAAAGCAAUGGUAUAUAUUACUACAGAUAUUCGAACUUUUCAAACCGGUUUGAAUUUAGCACUCCGAAACUAUCUUACCAUCUGCCAGAUUGUGGAUCUCGGUUUUCAACUUUAAUCAUGGCAACACUUAUUUCUUGAUAUAAUGGAGUGGAUUUGUUUUGGUAGAAGACAGGACUUUAUCUUCAAGCCAGCGUUGUAUGUAAAGUAUGGUUUUCUUACAGUUGCCAAAAAGAGGUUUGUUUCGGUAGAUAGCAUUACUCCAAACAAACCAACAAGUACAAAAGGUACCAAUCGAAAUUGGUACAAAUACCUUGAAAUUCAACAUGUCAGAAUUGAUAUGAAUUAAAUUAGCAUUUUUUAACAAAAAUGGAAAUAGCAACAAACCAAAUUGAAUUAGGAAGCUUACUAAGCUUUGAAAAGCAUACCAGACCGGUAAACAGUAAACCCUGGCGUUGAAUGAAAUACAAUAUGCACGUGAGCUUCAUGCCCUCGUGCGGGCUAUAUAGACCAGCGAGAGGUUGGUCGGUCACGAUCCUAAGGUAACACAGGCCUAGAAGUUUAUUUGGCGUUGAUGUUUUACAAAUAGUUGGAAUAGUUUGUUCAAAUACGUCUGGAUCUUAAACACAUUUUAGUUUGUACUGUUUUCGUAUAAGAGAUAAUAUAAUUACCAACUCGUUGCCAUGGUAUCCUUGGCAGAACCUUUUCAUAACGCAUGUUUUAUCUUCCCAUACAUAAAACCAGAUUCAAAGGGUAUUACGAAUAUUCUUUAAAAAUGAGAACUAUGCCAAAGAAAAGGAUAAUUGUCUUUACAUUUUCAGAGUAGGAGCCUUCGAAGUAUUAAAACUGAAAUGUUUAUGAAUAAUAUAUUUCUUUGGUGUUCAAAUCAGUGACUUUGUGACAAAUUUAAACACUUAUAGAAGAGUUACAGUUGUGAGUUUGAAAAUUAUUUUUUGAAUCUCAUUUUAUUUAUAUACAUUGACAGAAAUACGUAAAUUUAUUUGGUUGUGUAUGUGUGCGUGGUAUGUAAAUAUUACAAAACUCAUUUGUAUGCAUGGCCAGGACACGUAUGCAAUAUAGGUAAUACCCGAAUAUGGCUUGUCAAUUUUUGUGGUGGUAUCCUUAGUUACUUGUACAAUGAAACCUUGUUAUUCCGGAUUUUGGAUUGAUAGCUCGCUGAUCCAGAUAUUAUGCAACAGCAAGAUGAAAUUUAACACAAAAAAUAUAUAAAUCAUAUUUUACACUCUUGCCUCGUUUGUAUUGGAAUCCGGAUGUUCUGGUAUAUCAAGGUUUCUGUUCAGCGUCAGUAUGUACAUGUAUAUGACUUUUAGUUUAAUUUAAGACAAAACAGGUUGUUCAUAUUUGUAAAAAAAAUCGUUUGAGUAUAUAAUUUAGUCUAUUUAUGUUGUAUUAUUAUGAGAAAUUAUAUAUCUUUUUGUUAGUACCUCAUAUAAUUUGAUUAUGUAAUAGUUAUUGUAACUGUUGUGACACUUUGUCCGGAUUUAUUUCCUGUCAUGUUUGGGUGAACUUAAAGCCCAGACAAAUAAUUCAGCAUGCAUGAAUGCAUAGCGUCACACAUCACUACUUUGACGUGUUAAUGUUUUAAUGUUGGUAAUUGAAUUAUAAAACUUCCAGGAACCGAGAUACUUUACUAAGAUGCGUAUCUCAUUCAUCACGUUCAAAGUAUAUCGUAAUUCAGUACUUUCAUUUUCAGUGAUAUUAAUGAAUCAUAUGGAUUUUGUUCAUAUUUUUGUUAAUGUUUUGAAUAAUAAGAUUAGGCUCAGAAGGGAGACUCCUUGAUAUUUUAAUUGAUUUUAUGAGGCUCAGAAGGGAGACUCCUUGAUAUUUUAAUUGAUUUUAUGAGGCUCGGAAGGGAGACUCCUUGAUAUUUUAAUUGAUUUUAUGAGGCUCGGAAGGGGGACUCCUUACUAUUUUUAUUGAUUUUAUAAGGCUCGGAAGGGGAAUUCCUUACUAUUUUUAUUGAUUUUGUGAGGCUCUGUAGAGGGUUUUUGAUAUUCAAAUUUUGAUAAAUCAACUUUUUGUAGAAAAUAUUUGUUUUUGUCACUUGUCUCUAUAGAUUAAGGAUAAUUUCCUUUUUUUGCCCCCUUUCGAUGCCUUCUUGUUUCCAUGGGUAAUAUCGAAGUUCCUGGUAUAGCUCACAGGCCGGCUGUGAUUUAUGAUGUACAUUGAUACGAAUUAAUGUUAAUACGUUAUCCUGUAUGUGUAGUGCUUUAUGAGACUUCACAACAAUGCCCGAAUGCUGCAAUGAAGACUGAAUUUAGCAAUAAUAUCAUUUAUAAUGCUUGUUGAACGUCACCAAUGACAAAUUACAUUACAAAUUAAAAUUAAGUAAACUAC